CACAAGGCACAAGCGUACCGAGGUGAAGUGUGACGCGAAGGAUACUCUACUCGACGGUGUGAAUAAUGGCGCCGUAGCAUUUUGCAAGGCGUUGUUGGCUUUGUAGUUGCGUUUUUAGCCACAGCACUGCAUUUGUUAGAAAAAAGUGGUGCUCCACGUAAGCAAGCAGUGUGCUAGUCAACGUUUGUAUUGUUUGCUGGUUCCUAGAAGAGAGACGGUAAUUUCGGAAGAUCUCCGACCGUCUCUUCACAGGCAUGUUUGGAUCGACAGCCAGCACUUAUGGCGGUGGUGUGGGAAUGUUCAACACCACAGCCACUGGGACGCAUAACCCUAUGAAAGAUUAUGAAGUAGUCUCACCUCCUGAUGAUUCAAUCAGUAGUCUUGCAUUCAGUCCUGCAGCGCUGCCACAGAAUUUUCUCAUCGCUGGCAGUUGGGACAAUCAGAUACGAUGUUGGGAAGUGCAGAGUACGGGUCAGACCAUUCCCAAGGCACAGCAGACUCAUCAGGGCCCUGUACUGGACGUCGCAUGGAGCGAUGACGGCACAAAAGUUUUUUCAGCUUCCUGCGACAAAACUGUGAAAAUGUGGGAUCUCAACAGCAAUCAAGCAAUGCCCAUUGCACAGCAUGAGGCACCUGUCAAAACAGUCCAUUGGGUUAAGGCACCAAAUUAUUCCUGCAUUAUGACAGCAAGUUGGGACAAAACCUUGAAGUUCUGGGACACACGGACGCCGACGCCAAUGCUAACGAUCAACUUGCCAGAAAGAUGCUACUGCGCCGAUGUUGUGUAUCCCAUGGCCGUCGUGAGUACUGCAGGACGUGGCAUCAUCGUCUACCAGCUUGAGGGCCAGCCCCAGGAAUACAAGAAGAUCGAGUCGCCUCUCAAGUACCAGCACCGGUGUGUGUCAAUCUUCAUGGACAAGAAGGGCCAACCAAGCGGCUUUGGCCUUGGGAGUGUGGAAGGGAGAGUGGCCAUCCAAUAUGUGAACCCUCAGAACCCAAAAGACAACUUCACAUUCAAGUGUCACAGAGCCAAUGGAACUACCAAUGGUUUCCAGGACAUAUUUGCUGUCAACGACAUAGCAUUCCACCCCGUCCAUGGCACGUUGGCAACAGUGGGGUCGGACGGAAAGUUCAGCUUCUGGGACAAGGAUGCCCGCACGAAGCUCAAGACGUCCGAGCAGAUGGAGCUCCCCAUCAGCCGCUGCUGCUUCAACGCCCGAGGAGAAAUUUUUGCUUAUUCAGUCAGCUACGACUGGUCAAAGGGCCACGAGUUUUACAACCCGCAGAAGAAGAACUACAUUUUCCUUCAUUCUUGCUUCGAAGAACUGAAGCCCAGAACGAAGAAGUGAACUGAUGCUGCUGCUUCAUUUCUGCCGUCCUGGUUAUGUGUACAGAUGUUUCAGAGUAAAGAAAAAGUCUUUGUAA